AUGGAUGUAGACAAACAAGUAAACUCUCUCUUUAGCAUUGACCUCACAGCAGAUGCCACUACUAGCAAUGCCGAUGUUGGUAGCGCAGACUCAAAGCAACAAGAAGAUGACAGCAGCUUCUCACUCAUCACCUGGAACGUUGAUGGGCUGGAUGCAGGAAAUCUAAAAGAACGAGCAAUAGGAAUCUGUUCUUACCUGGCAUUAUACAGUCCAGACGUUGUGUUUUUACAGGAGGUCAUCCCACCACAUCUCUGUAUUCUACAGAUGAAAGCAAGCAGUUACACUAUUAUUCCAGGCAACAUAGAUGGUUAUUUCACUGUCAUAAUGUUGAAGAAACCAAGAGUGAAGCUACUAAAACAUGAAAUAAUACCCUUUCCAACAACCUCCAUGAUGAGGAACCUUUUGGUUGUGCAUGUGAGCAUAUCUGGUAAUGAACUUUGCCUUAUGACCUCUCAUCUGGAGAGCACUAAAGAUCACUCCAAGGAACGUGUGAAGCAGCUGCAGACAGUGUUAAACAAAAUGCAGAAGGAGUCUGAGUCUACCACUGUUAUAUUUGGAGGGGACACAAACCUCAGAGACAGUGAGGUUACUAAACUAGGUAACUUACCUAACAACAUCACGGAUAUCUGGGAGUUUCUGGGUAAACCUAAACACUGCCGCUAUACUUGGGACACUCACUCCAACACCAACCUGCGUGCACUGUACAAGUGCAGGAUGAGGUUUGACCGCGUUUACUUUCGGCCUGCAGCAGAUGGGGGACAUAUUAUUCCACGAAGUAUGGACUUAAUCGGAUUGGAAAAAUUGGACUGUGGCAGAUUCCCUAGUGAUCACUGGGGUGUUCUGUGUAAUUUUGAUGUUAUAUUAUAA